CAUGGCUACCCCCAGAGGCUCCAGUCUGACUGGCUAACUGCCCACCAUGCUGGAAGAGGCCCAGCAGGCAGGCCACCAGCCAGUUCACUGAUUCCAGAGCCCCCAUAGUGCAGCCAGAGUGGGUGUGGAGAGGUAUGAGGCAGGCUGUGGUACGCCAGAGUCUUGUGGCCCCUUCUGCUCAUGAGUGCUUAUGGGCCCUUAUUUGUUAAAAUCUUUAAGGAUCACCUCUAACCUUCACUGCUGGGCAUGGCUCCCCUGCUGGCUCCUACCCGCCUCUUCCUGCCUCCUGAGCGAUGUCUGGCACUGUUUGCUCAUGCUGUCAUCUCUACCUGGAGGGCCUCCUCUCCUCUUCCUUUGGCCUGGCAGGCUCGGCUCAGGAGCAGAGAGAUCCUGACACCCCCAUGACACCCUUUGCUUUUACAACUAGGGUAUAAGUUCUCCUUGAGGGUUGGGCCCAUGGUUUCAUUAUCUUGGUCUAGCAGGGUACCAGACCCAGAGCUGAGGCCUAAGGAUGCAUUUUAUGAGUAGUGAGGGGGGGACCAAUUACCCCUUCCUAGGGAACCAGAGCCAUGCCCCUCAUUCCCAGGAAGCACGGCAUCACCAUGCUCAGUGUGCUUCCCCUAGAAGGAACCUACUGCUCAGACUGGGACCAGCUCAGUGACCCAACUCUAGCCAGCUGAAGAUAUGGUGUGGCCAAAGCACUCAGCAUCUGGGCUGGUAGGACCCUUCCUAGCCGGCGGGGAAACAGUUCUAGUGAAGAGCAAGGUCUGCAUAAGACCACAGAGCCUAGUAGGGCUUGCCAGGGUCGGACCUGGAAUGUGGGAUGAGUACACUGCCCUUUGGCAGGAGCUCAUAUUUGUGGAAGGUGGGACUUGCCGGAGCGUUUAGAGGCCAGUGACCGCACUGGACACUCAACGAGGAGGAGCAGAGAGCAGGAUAGGAAGCUGACCUGUUUAAUUCCUGUCUGGUGUGGACCUAGGUCCUUCCCAUGGCUCACCCAGGGCCAGUACCAUUUAAUCAGCCCACCUCAGCCAGGAGGGUACCGAUGUGAGGCGUCUUUGCACUGAGUCCUGUCAGUGUGAUGGGGACACCAACUGGCCGCUGUGAGUUAGAAAGCCUGUAGGGAAUGAUCUGUGGUUUUGAUUGGUGCAAAAUAGAGAGAGCAAUUACUUACCGUUCAACAAAUGCAAGAGGGUGGAGAAGUCUCUUUCAAAAGAGAACCCACAUCUAGGGAAGCAAUCAAGGGGAAUGUUGUGAUGAUAAGUGGGAGGUGGGGUACUGGACUCAUUGAGCCUGUGGAUGGGCAGAGGGGAAGCUAUGGCUCAGUGAGAUGGACUGGCCAGAGUCAUGUAGCCAGUCUGGGGCACAGGGGAUCUUUGGAAGUGGGGAGAGCACAGGGCCUCCACUCACUGCCCACCCACCUCCUUCUAGACCUUGUCAUUUGCUGGCUGUGGAGCGGAUGGGGCAGCGGCCCCUGUGGGCCCAGCCUGAACCAGCUAUGCAGCCUUUGCCUGAUGGGGCCUUCCUGGAGGAGGUGGCAGAGGAGACCCCAGCCCAGCCAGAGAGUGAGCCCAAGGUGCUAGACCCAGAGGAGGAUCUGCUUUGCAUAGCCAAGACUUUCUCCUACCUUCGGGAAUCUGGCUGGUACUGGGGUUCCAUUACGGCCAGCGAGGCCCGGCAACACCUGCAGAAGAUGCCAGAGGGUACAUUCCUAGUACGUGACAGCACCCACCCCAGCUACCUGUUCACACUGUCGGUCAAAACCACCCGUGGCCCGACCAACGUGCGCAUUGAGUAUGCCGAUUCCAGCUUUCGCCUGGACUCCAACUGCCUGUCCAGGCCACGCAUCCUGGCCUUCCCAGAUGUGGUCAGCCUUGUGCAGCACUAUGUGGCCUCCUGUGCUGCUGACACCCGAAGUGACAACCCGGACCCUGCACCCACUCCGGCCCUGCCUAUCCCUAAGGAAGAUGGUGACCCAGCACUGCCUGCCCCUGUGGCCACUGCCGUGCACCUAAAACUGGUGCAGCCCUUUGUGCGCAGGAGCAGUGCCCGAAGCCUGCAGCACCUGUGCCGCCUGGUCAUCAAUCGGCUGGUGGCCGACGUGGACUGCCUGCCACUGCCCCGGCGCAUGGCUGACUACCUACGACAGUACCCUUUCCAGCUCUGACCGGCUGAGGCACUUCCUCACCUCACUCAGCCGUCCUCUGGAGGGGACACUGGCCCCAGCUGGACUUGGGCUGUCACUGUCCCUACUCCAGUCCUCCUGGUGCCCACGUGCUUCUGGCAGCUGGACCAGGAAGAGUCAGCAGGAGCAAGGCUGGGAGCGAGGAGUAGGGGAAAGUGUCACACAACGUGGAAGUGGGCCCCCAGCUCACAUGUGGCUCCAUGAUGGUGAGCCACGUGUUAGAAGAGAGGGAGACAGGCAGGAUCUUGUCUCACCCUGUGGGCUGGGCCCAGGCUCCCACUCACCUGCCGUGGCCUCCUGAACUCUGUAGACUGCUGGCCUGCUUUCUCAGUUCACAGGGGACGGGCCCUUCCUCCCAACCUGACUAUCUUAGGGAGGAUGAUGGCCAGAGGAACUGCGGUUGACAGUGACAGUCCCCUGGUGGGGGAGCAGGCCAGGCUGGGGACUGCACAGUUAUACAGUAUUUAUUUAUUUAUUCUCCUUGGGUUGGUCUCAGGGUGAGCCAACCCCACCUCUCUGCCCUGAGCCCUGAGCGCUCCAGAGACCCCAGCUCUGCCGCAGCUUCUCUGGUUCCUCGCUGCGGAGAGCCCCAUCCUGAGACGGGUUGCUGGACCCAAGGCAGCCAUGGAUGUCCUGACGCUGACUUUGCAUCUGCGAAUGUGUCCACCUUCUUCUGCACCAGCCCUGUUUUGGGAGGAUGGGCGCAUGGACAAGAAAAUGGAGCCAAAGCUUCAGCACCCAGCGGAGCCUGACACUCGCCCCCAGCAGGGCAGAGCCCUGUCUGCACAGAGCUGGUCUCACUAGCUGCCCCUCCACUCUGCUGGGUCUGCUUCCUGCCCAGGAAGGUGCUUGCCUGUCCCCAGAAAGAAAAACACACAUAUCUGAUAAGACUUUAUAAAAUAAUUAUUAUAACAAAAAAAAGUUUGGUAGUCUUUUUUCUUCUACUGAUUUUUCUGUAAUGACAAUAAAAUUGUGCCUUUCAUUUAUGGAGCCCUGAGUGGGGCCUCUUUUGAGUUUUGUACACACUCUGUCCCCUUUGAUCUUAUCAUCAUCAUCCCACUUUAUGUCUGGGUCAGCCAAGCCCAGGGGCCCUGCCCGGGCACAGGUGCACCUUUUCUCAUUCCUCCUCGUUCCCCUGGGAGGAUGGAGGCAGGAGAGGGCCCGCUGGACUGCUGCAGGGCCACUGCCCAGGCUACUGCCAGGCGUGGGGGGCUCGGAGGAGCACCAGGCCUAAGAUGUGUAAACAGGAGCCAAUUAAAGAUGAAAAGUGGAGAAUUCUAGGGGGGGUGGAUGCUGUGGACCACUCCUGCAGACAGCAUCUUUUGAGAUGAGGAGGCCAGUAGUCAGAGAAGUGAUGGCCAGUCAUCCUGCAGAGAGGGGACAGGGAGUGUUGCGGCGUGACGGGGAGCUCCUGUUCCCAACCACAAGCAGGUCUGGGGAGUGGUCACUGUGUGCAGUGGGGCAGACACGUGAGUUGGGAAUAGUGGCCAGUAAGCUGGCAGACAGGAUCUGGCCUCAGGUGGGGGCGGUGGGGCUGGGGGACCCGCUCCUCUCGCUCAGGGUUCUGCACACUAACAGUAAGGAGAAGAGCUGUUGAAAUGACAACUCGCCUUUGUCUGACAGUCUGACUGGAGCACUUCAGCGCCUGCAUCCCACUGUGUCCGGAAGUUUUCUGCACCUUGACUUGAAUACCUCACAGAAAAGCUC